AUGCGUUUCUACUACGUCGCACUAGUUGCUGCUUCUGCAUUAUAUACAAGCAUUGAUGGUGUUCAGGCUGUUCCCAGCGUGGCCGUGCCCACUUCGCUCAGAGGGACCACCAACAACAUACCGCUGUCCAACGGCGAAGAGAUGACCAACCGUUUUUUGAUUGCCGAAGAUGAAACAAUUGACGAUGAUCCGUUGCCAGAGAGAAGUAUCAAAAGUUUAAAAAAGAUAGGAAAGAAGAUAAACAAGGGAAGACGUCGAGAAGAAAACGAAGAAGAAAACGAAGAAGAAAACGAAGAAGAAGACAGCAUCAACCCUGAAUCUGAAGACGAAUCUGACGACGAAUUUGACGACGAAUCUGAUGACGAAUCUGACGACGAAUCUGAUGACGAAUCUGACGACAAGGCUAACAACAAGUCUAACAAUGAAUAUGUCAAAGCUGAAAAAACGGACAAAGAUGACAAAGAUGACAAAUACGACGACCCUGACGACUCUGACGAUUCUGACCGUCGCCAACACCAUCACUUUUUUGGCUUUCAUCGCGGAGAUUAA